GCUUUCGGUUUCACGUGAGAUGCGUAGGUUAUUCUCUCUGGCGGUCAAAACACACACAGUUUCCGUGUUUGAAAGUUUGUGAAGAUGGGAGUUUUUGGGGUGAAGAUGAACCCUUUAAUGGUCUCGGUCUUCUGCGGACUCGUUUUGAUGUCGAUGGCGAUUACUCCCCCCAAGGUCCAGGUGUACAGCCGGGAGCCUGCGGUGCCCGGGACGGGAAACAGUCUGAUCUGCUACCUGAACAAUUUCCAGCCACCAGAGGUGGAAGUGGACCUUCUAGAGAACGGGGUCGUGAUCCCCGGGGCGGUGCAGAGCGACCUGAUGUUCGAGACGCAGUGGCAGUACCAUCUGACAAAGAGGGUGCCCUUCAUUCCCAGGGAGGGGGCCCGCUAUGCCUGCAGGGUCAACCAUAUGGGGAGGACCACAGACCACGGCUGGGAUAUGGAUGAAUAAAGUCCUGCACUACGCUGACUACACGCCCUGCCUGGUAGUUCUGCGUCACAAGAAAGGAAGUCGACCAAGGCACUCUGCGGAACUCGAAGCCUGGUUAAAUAAUCCUGAGGUUGUUCACUGAUUUAACUUUAACUACUUCUUAAGAUGCUGUAGGUAAGAAUUGAGAGUUGUAACGAGAGAGAGCAAAAUAAGGCGAGAUUUAAAAGAUAAUUGAAUGAUUUAAAUAGAUAAAAAACAUUAUUCCCUUUUCCACCAAAGAGAAGCGUUGCCUUCACACACCUUUGAUUGACAGGCAAUUUGGAUUCCUCAAACCAAGCAUGGGGCCUAUGCACUCAAGUUACGCCUCUCAAAUCUCUCACCUACAGCAUAUUUAAUCACUGCUCCAGCAAUCAAUGUUUUAUUCUUUAGCUUUUGCCUAAUUAUUAUGUGUUGACAUAAUAAUCUUUGUUUCUGUUUGUUAGUUGAGUUUUGGAUUGACAUUAAAUCCAAAGGGUUUUUAAGCUAUAUUAAUGUGACAUUUUAAAAAUGUGCUUUUGUAAUCUGGUUCUUUAUAUAAACAUUUUUGAUGAAAGAUUUGCAAUUUUUUUUAUUUAACUUCGCAAUAUCAUUAUUAUGGUGAAGGAAUGAGGAAUAUAAAAUGAAACGUGUGAGCCUGACGAAGAAUAAAGGGAUUGGUGAAGCAGAGUGUUUUAUUGAC